AUGGCCGGAGCUAAGAAGUCCACGAAGAAGUUCGAGAAGAAGCACCUCGGUGAUGUUCUCGAGCGACGCAGAGCGAAUGCGAAGGUGAAGCAGAGACACCACCUGAACGACAAGCGCAAGGAAAAAAAUGCUGCCAAGCAAGAGGCCGAAGCCGCGAACAACCAGAAGACCCCCGAGGAACUCAAGAAGCAAAAUGCUUUCGCUGAGAUGAACGUCGACGAUUUCUUCGCUGGUGGUUUCGAUAUCCCCGAGGAGACUACGAAGGGCAAGAAGGCCAACAAGAAGGACACCACCCCCAAGAUCGGCAAGCGCAAGCGCUCGGAAGACAAGGCACAAGAAGACGAGGCUUCUGAGCCCGAGGGUGAUGACGAUGACUCCAGUGAUGUUGAUGAUUAUGAUGCACACAAGGAUCAAUUGGAGUCAUUGAAGGAGAAGGACCCCGAGUUCUACAAGUACCUGAAGGAAAACGACUCUGAACUUCUUGAGUUCGGCGAGCAAGGCGAUCUCUCGGAAGUCGAUGCUCUGAGCGAGAGCGAAGCGCCUGAGGACGAUGAGCCCGCCAAGAAGAAGUCCAAGAAGUCUAAGAAGGCUGAAGCGGAGGAGGAAGAGGAGGACACGAAGGUUGACACCCUGACCAUUGCUAUGGUCAAGAAGUGGCAGAAGUUGAUGGAGGAGCAAAACUCGAUUCGCGCAUUGCGCCAGGUUGUGCUCGCUUUCCGCGCGGCCGCCUAUGUCAACGACCCCGAUGCUCCUGACCAGAAAUACACUAUCUCCGACAAGAACGUCUACCACCAGGUCCUCGUCACAGCCCUCACCCACGUUCCCAAGGUUCUGGCACACCAUCUUCCUGUCAAGGAGAGCGCCUCCGGCAAGAUCAGAGUCUCAUUGGACUCAAAGAAGUUCAAGACCCUCACACCUCUGAUCAAAUCACACACUGCCUCAGUUCACCAGCUGCUGAUCAACCUGACCGAUGCAUCCACACUCAAGAUGACCCUUGCGUCCAUUGAGCCCAUGCUGCCAUACCUUCUCCAGUUCCGCAAGGUGCUGAAGACUCUCGUUAAGAUUGUUGUCGGGAUUUGGGCCGAUGUCGCUACCGCCGACGCCACCCGUAUCACAGGUUUCCUGCUCCUGCGCCGUCUUAUGGUUCUUGGAGAUGCCGGUAUCAAGGAGACUGUCCUCAAGGCCACCUAUGAGGGUGUCGUCAAGGGUAGCCGCAACACCACAGUGCACACUCUUGCAGGUGUCAACCUGAUGAAGAACUCCGCCGCCGAGAUCUGGGGCAUUGACCAAAAUGUUUCCUACACCGCAGGCUUCUCCUUCAUCCGCCAGCUGGCCAUGCAUCUGCGCAAGAGCAUCACCAACACCACCAAAGAUUCCUACAAGACCAUCUACAACUGGCAAUACGUGCACUCGCUGGACUUCUGGUCCCGAGUCCUCUCACAGCACUGCGACGGUCUUGUUGAGGCCCAAGCCGGCAAAGAAUCCGCUUUGCGCCCCCUCAUCUACCCCGUCGUGCAAAUCACCCUGGGUGCCAUGCGCCUGAUCCCAACUGCCACGUACUUCCCCCUGCGCUUCCAAAUGACGCGCGCCCUUCUUCGCAUCUCCCGUGCCACCGGCACCUACAUCCCGCUCUCAUCCUCCCUCCUUGAGGUCCUGACCUCUGCGGAGAUGCGCAAGCACCCUAAGUCCAGCACCCUCCGCCCCUUGGACUUCAACACAGCUAUCCGCGCCCCAAAAUCCUACCUUCGAUCACGUACCUACCAGGACGGCGUCGGUGAGCAGGUCGCCGAGCUUCUCUCUGAGUUCUUCGUCCUGUGGUCCAAGCACAUUGCGUUCCCGGAACUGUCCGUUCCCGUCGUUGUCUCCCUCAAGCGCUGGCUGAAGCAGGUCUCUGCCCGCAGCGGUGGUAACAAGAACGCCAAGAUCAACCAGAUGAUUCUCCUUAUUGUGCAAAAGGUCGAGGCCAACGCUCGUUGGAUCGAAGAGCGCCGUAUCAAUGUCUCUUACGCCCCUCGUCACCGUUCCGAAGUCGAGGGUUUCCUCAAGGAUGUUGAUUGGGAGACCACCCCUAUCGGUGCCUUUGUCAAGACGCAGCGUAAGCUCCGUGAAGAGCGUGCUGCUGUUCUUGAAGAAGGUCGCAUCGAGGAGGAGAAGCGGAGAGCCGAGGCCAAGAAGAAUGGCGUCGAAGAGGAUGUCAAGGGGGCUGGUGAAUUUGGCGGCGACGAAAGCAGCGAGGGCGAGCAGGAAUUGGAGAGCGAAGAUGAGAUCGAGGAAGAGUCUGAAGAUGAGGAUGAGGAUGAAAUGGAGAUGGAGUAG